AACAGAUGGACACUAAAGUUUGUUUUAGUUUUGUUUUUUCACUUUUUCUCUAUUUUCAGGUUGUGAAAUUCCUGCACUUUUCCAAUGUUCUCACCAUUUCUUUCUCAUUUUCAUUCCUACAGACCUUUUCCCUAGUUUAUUUUCUUUCUCCCUCCCUUCAGAUUCUUUCCAGUACUUUUAUAUCAGCCCUUUCUGUACUAUGAGCUGUUCGCCAUUAAGGACAGGCUGAAGAAUGGGGAAACUAUUCAGAGUUAGAUGCCCAGAGCCUCUACUGAAGCAUAAAGCCUUUUGGUCAUCCAUGCUUGUUUCUUUAGAAAGGACUACAGACACAAAAAGAUAUCCUUGAUGAACACAGAAUUUAAUUAUUUGGCUAAUCAUGACCUUGUUUAACCCAGACAGGGAAUUCCCAAUUAGAUAAGAGUGUCUGCUCUCUACUUGUGUGGUACUGCUGUUUUGUAGAGCUGUCCUGUUCCUCUUGUGCUUUAAAUGCUAAGCAGAGGCCUUCCCACUGGUAGCAGCAAUGUGCUCAGUUGUGGCCUUCUCUUGUGACAUCAGUGUCAGGUGAUCAAGUAUUCCCAAAGUGUCCUGCUUUAUGUCCUUGCAUGCAGAAGUAUUUUAGGAGGCUAGCAAAAAUAGCUUGUGUUUUUCCUUUUUUGUACAGAAAUGGAAACCUUGCCUACUGGGUCAGUUUAUCUAGAGUAACUAGAGUCGUCUGGAAGAGAAAAUUCUGAAAGUUCCCUUAUUAAAAUAUUGUUUCCAUUGCUCAAAAGAGCAAACUAAAAAGGAAGUCUAAACACUGCUGUAGCUUUUGCAGUAUUUUCCUCAUUAAAAACCCCAGGAAAUCUCUAGGUGAAAAAAUAUUUCAAAUCCAGUGUGAAUGUAACAUUUUUAACCUGUAGACCAAAGUAAAGUUCCUACUGAUUUUAAUGAGUCUAGGAUUUCAUUUGCAUUCAACCACUUAUUUCUUCAGACCAAUAAAUUAUUGUUAAAAUAUAGUUUAAUGCCUAAAAUGUUCAUAUGAAAAUCUUGAGCAGGACUGUCACAUACAGAGUAGAAGUUCUAUAAUUCCAAAAUUUUUUUUUCAGAGGUACUGAAACACAGUACUUUUUGUAAUAAAGUAUCUUCUUGGGCAAAAUUGUUUUUAACAUAGAAAUAUGUUUAUACAUCUCCAAAGUGAUAAGUUCAUCUUUAUUUCCAUGUUUUUCUUACUUAUUUCAUGAGUUUCAAGAGAAUACUUGUGUGUUUUAAGUCAAAAUAAUUAAAUUCUUGUUUAAAGAGAAUUGUGGAUCCACUUCUACUUGGAUCUUUGGUGUCUUAAAUGAUGGAGACUGUGUUAAUGAAACGUUUCUGUACUUGCUAAUUUUUUAUCAUAUAUGUUUAAAACAAAAUAGAAAGCUUCCUGUUCUUUGAAUCAGUUACAUACAUUUGCAAUGAAUUAAUUAUUUCUGUUCAAAUGGAGUUUCAAGCUCUGAAUAGGGGAAGACCUCUUAUAUGAGGAAACCAAGAGAAGUUACUGGCUGAGUAGGACAGAACUAGGAGGGAUGUCUCAUUGGUCUUUGGAAGAGGAGCUCAGAAACCUGGGGUAUCACAAGCGAUCUGGGAGAAUGUAGGGUUCUGUGUAAAGUGUAUAUGGGAGAAGCAACAUUUAGAGGGACUGAGAUGUUAUUCUAAGUAUCUUCAUGAGAGUUCACAUGGAAAUUGUAGAGGUAGGUGUUGUAAAAAGUCUUGAAGACAAGGGUUAGGAACCAUUCAUUUAAUGGAUAAGUGAUCUCCAGGGAAUUAGUUUCCAGUAGUGUAUGCACAGGAGAUUGGCUGAGUUUCUGAGGAGCAUCUGGAGGCAGAUGUCGCAGGAGAAAAUAGCAGGGAGGGAUGCUACUAGUAGUCUCUACAAACUACCUGAUUUUUCUAUAAUUCCUUCUCCAAGAUAGAAAAGUUAUCUUCUCUAAUGUGUAUUUACAUUUGGGCUUUUUCUAUAUGAACAGACUUUAGCAAUCUUACUCUUUGAAUUUUUUUAUUCUGCCUGUCGAGAUAGUUCAAACAAACUGCAGUUCAAGCACCAACACUACACAGCUGUUAAUGAGAGGGAAAAUAACGCUUCCUGCAAUAUAUAAGUAGGCUUAUCUGACUUCUGAAUCACCAGCUGAAAACCUCUCUUCUCAGAGGCUGGGAGCAGAAAGAAAAAGCUGCUUGGGAUGUCUCGUGUAUCCUAAAUUAUUCUAACUGGAUUUGUCUAGUGGUCUGCAUGGAAAUUCAGGUCUUUCCUCAUUGAAGCAAAAGUGAAUGGAAAAGCUUUUUUCCUUAGCUUUUGUUUAGGAGAAAAAGAAAGAAAAAAAAUAGGAAAGCUAAAAUAUGGUAACGUAUUCAAAACUGGUUACAGUUGUAAAACAGCAAUUGACUUAGUCAUCAGUAAGUUUGGGUUUUCUAUAAGUAAUAAGCAAUUUCUGGGACAUAUUUUUUCAUGAGUCUCUAAGUCAUGCUGUGUAUGCAGGAUAUUCAUGAUAUUGAGGACUCCUGCUAUCUGGGUGUUAUGGUAACUGUUGAAAAAUUAAUGAAAAAGGGCUUUAAGUUGUAUGUGUCUCACAAAUGUUACGUAUAGAUUACUCAUAAACCUUAGCAUUUGGGUGUACUGAAGAGCUUUGUGGUUGGUCUGAGCAAUUCUUGCUCUUGGACAUUACCACUAGGGCUUACUAUUUUUCUUCUUUGUAUAGCUGCCCCAACUCUUUGUUACAGCACAUUGUGCUUUAUGCAUUACUGUGUCAGCUUCUACCUCAUUUUCAAUCUCUAUAGCAACAGUUUCUCAGCAACCGGGAGAUGCUUAGUAAAGGCCUCUCAAUAUAGAAAUAUUGCACUCCAACCAUAAAAAAAGAGGCACUUUGAAACAAAGAUCAAAGAAGUUUUAUCUUUAAUUAUUCAGGAUAUUUAUUACUAAUUAAUUAGUGUUCUCUGUUUUGACUGCUUAGACAAUUACCUGAUACUUUGAUCUGGGCCUUUGCUAGGCAUUUGUUGUGAGCAGCUUUAAUUUAAAAGCAAAACCUUUAGAACUGUGUCUUGAAGUCAACUUUUAAGUGCUGUAAAACUACUGGACUUCUCUGGCGAUGUCAUCUGACUUCUGGACCUUUAGUAAGUAAUGAGAGGAAGGUAAGCACAGCUACUGUAUUUAAGGGGAGACAAUAAUUUUGGCCUUUGAACAAAACAUAGAAUGUUUUCACCCUUCACAGGAAACAAAAGUAAUUGUAGGUUCUUUUGUGCAUAUUUAAGAUGUUGAUCAUAAGUUGUCUGAUUUCAAAAGAAGAAAAGUCUCUGAUCAAGUCAAUUGAUCUGCUGGGAGGUUUCUGCCUUCAUGUGGCUUGUCUUUCUCUGUACUUUAAUUUAAUUAUGUAGCAUGCUUCAAAAUACAUUUUAUUUGCUAAAGUACAUAUUCUGAGAACCUUUGUAAGGCAAAGUACAUAUAAGUAAUUUUCUUUCGCAUUCCACUAAGAGUCAAGAAAAAGGCUCUCUUUGUUGUGCACAUAAGAGUAUUCAUGUUAAUGGGACCAGGAUUGUUAACUGUAACAAUUUAUUUCCUGAACAUUUGUACAUAAUUUUUGUUUUUUGUUUGUUUUCUAAAGUGAUUUUCACUAUUAAAGCACACAAGAAACUGAAAUAUAACAAAUUAACUGAAAUAGUGUGUCAAUGGGCAAAGUUACUUCAGAUUACAUAGGCAGCAGACACUGCUUCUGCUUUCAUAUUCUAUUCAUGUGCUAAUACUAAAGUAGAUUCUCUUCAUUUCACCCAGACACUCCUACAGCAGUAGAGAUCUGGACUGUCUGCAGAGUUUUGUGUAUGAAAAUGUAGACAGUACAUACAUUAAUAAUGUCUUCCAUAACUUUUUGGAGGGAGGAUUCAAACAUAUGAUGCUGUACAAUGAUGGCCAGUUUGGUAAAACACAUAAACACAUGGUUAACUUUGAGACCAUUAAUAACCUAGGACAAGACUAUAGAGUGGUUUUCCAUGUGGGUAAUUUAAAUGUUAGACCUUGUGCUGUACUGGAUAGAGAUCUGGUCAUCUUACAGUAAGUAUCAAGCACUCAUAGAUUAUGCAUGCUGUAUAACUCAGUAAGUCAGUAGAUCUGUUCUUAUUUGAGUAAGCAAAUUCUAAUGACUUCUAAUUUAAGUGAGUUUAAUCUGGAAAUUUUUAUAUUGAUCCCAUCCAGUUUCUUUAUUUUAUGUACCUCUGGUACAGAGAAAAUAAAGAAGGCAAGCUGUGUGUGUCUAAGUCUACCUUCUAGAUUACUACAUGUAGCUUUCACCAACACCAAUGUUUAAUUCAUUGCUCUGUGUCUUCUGAUUUCAUUGGUUUCUGUACAUGAACUUUUCUGUCAAGCUAUGGCAGAGGCUCUUACUAUUGCAGCUAUUUUAGGAACAGCUGUAUCGUAUUUUCAUAUAUAUUGCAUAUGAAUAUAUAUCUAUAGGCAAACUUAGGUGCCUGUGUAAAUGCUGGUCAGAGCUGUAGUUCUGCAGAAGCCUUAGUAAGAAAGAAAAUAGAAGAGUGGAAAAGAAGCAUAGUGGUAUUUCUUUCAAAGAAGGACUACAAUAAAAAUUGUGGCAUUAUAGUCUUGAAUGAAAAAGACUAUUAAAGCAGAUCUGUAUCUCAGUAUUUUAAGUAUCUAAAUUUAGGUUAUGACUGAAAUUUAGGGACAGAAACACAAAGUUGCAGCUUUCACCAAUUAAAAUGGUGAGAAGCAUAUUUAUGGUAGACUCAAUAAUUUUAUAUCAUUGAAUACUUACACUUCAUAAUUGGCCAGUAUUCUGUCAUGUUUAUGACAAAUCAUCCAUGAUUACAUCAAAUGUAAGAAGUGAGCAUAUGUUUAAGUUCAGAUUUAACAACAAUUUUUUUACUUAAGUUUUGGAUAAUUUCCAGGUAUCUAAUUUUUAUUUAUUUGAGCAAACUUUCACUUUGUUCUGCACAAUAAGCCACAUAGAUGGCCUUUGGAAUCUUGUGUGGCUUAGAUCCAUUAUACCUAGUGCUUUGAAACUGCAGUGUUAGCUGAAAGGUAGUUGCUGCAGUAAAUUAAUGUUUAUAUUUCUGUGAUUGGAAAUGUGAUGUACUUUAGAGCAUUAGUGAAAUAAAUCCUGAGGGGAGACAUUCAGUUUCCAUUGUUACAGGGACAUAACUACUUCUGCUUUCACAGUUGUUUAAAUAAGUAUAUUCAUGGUUAAGCUUCCUUUUCCCCUUCUGAAUCAGCUCAGAAAGAAAUAAUGCCAGCUCAGCCUAAAACUUUAAUUCUGCUUGAAAAUUUUAGAAAAUACUUUUGAGUAAUUGCAAUCAAUGAAUCUUGGAAAGAGUCUGGUGUAGAUAUGCCCUCUGUGACCUGAAAUUGUACACUAUGAACUGUGUAGUAACCCUGCAUGUAAAAUUUGGGCUCUUAAUAGUGAAAGAUGUCAGCUCCUGUACUUAAAACAGUUUUGAGGAUUGGUUUUUCCCUGCUACAAUUUUACUGUUACUUGAAUUACUCCUAUAUUGUGCUAAGCAGAGAGCUUGCAAUUUGCUGGAAUUUUUCUGCACAUGGCACCAAAAUGAUUUUGUUUAAUGUAAAUCUGUUUAAUUUAAUUUCUGAAGUGCAUACAGUGAAUUGUUCAGAUUAAAAGGUUUAAUUUGAAUGGUUCGAUAUGUCUCUGCCUAGAAUAUGUGGUUUUACACUUUGGUUUGUUUUGUUAUAGAAUGCCUAAUGCCAUCUGUUAAUUUCAAAUGGAUCCAGACUUGAGGGAGGCCUUCAAUGGUGUUCAGAGCUCCGUAUACAGAACAGCCCUAAAACUACGCUCAGUACAAAGUCUUUGCCAGUUGGAUUUGAUUGAUGUUUCUCUGAUUCAGCACAUCCUAUCAAGUGAACAAAGCCAGAAGGAAGAGAGGAUUUCACUGAACAUGCAGCAAAUCUCUAGAAUGCUGAUGAAACUGUUCCAAAGGACAAGAUUAGAAAAACCAGGCCAGGUAGAUCCAAGAGCUGCUGAAUUCACAUUUAGCUUGCUGGUUGCCAUGUAUGACAGGUCUGGAACAGGGUAUAUCAAAACUAGAUCUGCUGCUGCUGCCUUAAUUUCGCUUUCAGGAGACACUCUACUGGCUAAAUACAGAGCUUUCUUCCAGUUUUAUGCUGUCCCUGAUGGGAAGGAGACCUUGAUUACCCGCAGUGCCCUGAGAAGCCUGCUAACAGACUUAAAUCAGGGACCAAAGUUAAUAAGACACUGUGGACAUAGGGAGCUAUCAUGCAAAAUCCCAGCCAUUGUGGGAGAAGGCUGCACUCUGUCUUGUGUGGAAAUUGCGAUUCAUGACUGUUUCCAUGGGGUUUUGAAUGCUGCUAUUGUUGAAGAAAAAUUCCUGUCUUGGCUGAGAUCAGAGCCUGCUGUUCUCCUGUGGCUCCCUACAUGUUACAGAUUAUCAGCCACAGAAAUGGUUUCUCAUCAAGCUAAAUGCAGAGUCUGCAAUGUUUUCCCCAUUACAGGCAUCAGGUAUCGCUGUUUAAAGUGUCUCAAUUUUGACCUUUGCCAAGCCUGCUAUUUCACUGGCCGUCUCUGCAAACCACACAAGAGAUCACAUCCUGUUAUGGAACACUGUGUGCAGAUGUCAGCAAAGGCCAAUGCAAAGCACUUUCUCCGCACUAUCAGGAACAACCUGUUUCAAGAGCGCUGCAGAAGGAAAGAGGCUCAGAGAAGGACAGCUCUGGAGUCAGUGGAGGAGAGGCACUUCCCUGCUCACAAAAAGACUUUUCCUCCUGUGGAAUUCAGUGCUUCAUCACUGCCAGGUCCUGAAAAUGUGUCUUUCCCAGUGAACAAUUGUGUCCCAGAGUCAGCCAGGUUCAUACCUGAGAACAGGACUGUAAUGCAGAAGAGUGAGAAUAACAACAAGACACCAGAGCAAGGCAAGACAAUAGCUCAGGCAGUAGCCUCUUUUGAAGCAGAUGUGUUAAAAAUGCGUGAGUCCAUUAAAAGCAUUCACAGUGACAGCAGGUAUAUGAAGAAGCAGUUCAAAAAAUGGAAGGACAAAAUGCAAUUUCUUUGUAACUGCCAGGAAGAAAAAACCUGCAAAAUAGAGACAAAACUCCAAAGACUGAGAGUAAGCCAUGAAAACCUGCAAAUGACACUGCAGCACAUGAAAGAAGAAGUAAAGACCAUGUUGCAGUCAUCAGAGCAUCCUUUUGCACAGUGUCAUAAUACAAUGCCAAGAAAUCCACAUGUUCUGCUGGAAGGGAGAAUGCAGGGUGAAUUAAAUCCUGCCCAAAUAAGGCCUGCUUCCAGAACAUGUGCAGAAUGGAAAUGUUUGAAUCCCCCAAACUCUGUAAAUAGAAUGCAACUUUUACAGACACCUGAGGUUCCCACUGCAGUGGAAUUUAUGUUCUCAGAUGACCCACUGGAGUCAGUGUCCCUGCGGAGUGACAAACCCUUUAUGGGACAGCAUAACAAAGCAAAAGAAAAACAAACAUAUCUGCCUAAACUGACAGAAAACUCUCUUGGUGGAAUGGGGAGUGCAGUUCUUAUUCCCACUGCAACGCAGAUACCACCUGAUGAGAGGGAAGUCAGAGAGGAAUUGGAACUGCUAAUGAUCAAACUGAAGGAUACAUUGUCUCUCCAAAUCCAACCAGCCCAGCAAAGUGCUUUGCACCAGGAGUUCUUCUCUACAGCUGAGCAUGUUUGCAGGUCCUUUUCUGACCUCAUCAACCAAGUAAUUUCACCAGCUUGUAAAUGAUGGAAACUACCAUUCACCUUACAACUUCAGUGAACUACUUAUGGUAAUUGAUGCCAUGUCUCUAAAAGAUACUCUGUUUAAAGUGUCUCAGAUGUUGCCUGUAAUAACACAGCAUGACAGAUUUCUGCAUUUACUGACUUUACCUGGAGCAUUUUGGAGAGCUAUGUAUGUGGAAUACAUACAGUAGCUUUUCUGUUGGUGAUCUCCAGCUCCUGUGCUGUGACUUCCUCAGCAGUGCAAACGAUUGCCCAUUUCUCUCUCUUUAGCUGUUGAUAUCCCAUGGUCAAGUUACUUCCUUGGAAUGUUGCUGUAUUCAUUGAUGCCAGCAACAAUGAGAACUUUUUUUUCCUUAAAGAAUGACUUUAAAGACCUGAGAAAUUGAAAUUAUUCAGUACCACUUCAGAGAGAAAAAAAUAUACAGUGAGUUAUUUACUAUCACUCUUUGGUGGGAAGUGUAUAAAAAUAGUAAAAAAGUAAGUUAUUAUGCUCAAAACCAGUUAUGGUUUGAGAAAAUUUUCAUAUUUUUAAGGAUUUUAGUUAUGUCACUGAAAUGAUACCAGCUUUCCAAGAAAGAAGACAAGAAAGAAUUUUUUCUGUGAUUACAAAGAAAAUCAAUUUCAUUCAGAAUGAGUUAUAAUCAUCAAGAUAAAGGGACUGCCUGAUUCAUUAAAGAGGCUAGAAAUCUUAUUUUCUGUUGGUAGUACCUCAGCUAUCUUCUUGAAAGACCUUACACUGUGGUAGUAAGAUUAAUGAACAUUCCUCAUUCUUUCUGCUAGUUUUGGUCAAAGGAGGCCUGAAUGACACAUCCUGCAGACACUCAAGAAUUUUACAGCAAGAAAUAAUCAUAUGCUACUGGAAGCUAAUAAAUGAUUUGUCUCUAGCAAACAAAGUGUAAAGAGGGUGAAAAUUAAAGAAAAGAAACUUAUUGAGGGAGGAGGGAGGACUCCAGAGAACAAAUAGUGAUGAGGUAAUUAGAAAGUGGAUAUAUCCAUGUCAUAACAUAAACAUACUGUGAGAUAGAAGUUUAGUAGCUUUGGCAAUAUGCCAGUGCCAAGAGAUGCACACAACAAUCCAAGGAACCUAAUUGUUGAUCAUCAGCUUCUGAUGAGGCUUUAAAUCUCCUUCUAGUGUGUUCCUCUGAAUUUAACUUGGAAACUUUAAACUUCAUCUGAAUUAAACUUAGUUGGAAACAGUAGCAACAAAUGUCUGAAGCAAUGUUGAACAGACCUGGAGCACAAAUUCUUACAAAGAGAUAUUCCUGGACUACCAUGAAUCCUUCUUUCAUGUCAGUAUGUAAAUACUUAAAGAAUUUUCCAUGCUAAGAAGCAGUCGUUUAGCUCACAGAUCCCUGUAAGAUGAAAGGGACAAAAUCACAAGGUCUUUAUUUUGUUGUUAUUCAGUUCAGCUGACAGUGAAGGAACUUCAGUCAGACAUGUCCAUGCCAUCCUUCUUCUGACACACUGGCUGAGAAACAGUAAGCCAGGAACAGUAUCUGCAAAAGCAAUCCUAGCUCACUCAAAGAUCUGCCAUGAAGUUUAUAAGGAACAGUGGUAGAAGGCAAUAUCCUGUCUUUAAACACAAUGACAUUUUAAAAUGUUCCUGUAUAGCAGAUCUACUUUCAUCUCAUAUGGAGACCCCUUGCUUUUUUUUAAUAUAGACACUUUUAUCACUUUCAUUCUGUCACUUGUGGGUUUAAAUGUAGUUAGUUGCAUCCCCUUUUUUAUUUCAGAACAAUUAAUAACACAGAUUGUCUCUUUACACCAGCAGUUUCCAAAUGUUCUCCAUAGUGUGAUCUGUCCUAGAGAUUCAUCUGUUUUGUCAGUCUUGCCUCUAUAUCCUUUCCUGCCCUUUGCAUCAGAGGCUGAAUUUUGCUACAGCCUAUUAAUUAAGAAGCUUAUUGAAGCAGAGAAGUAUUGCAAAAUUAAUUUAAAUGUUAAAAAUUAUUCAAUUAAAUAUCAUCUUGGCCCAUAGUGCUAUUUCUGUCUGAAGGAAGAAAGUUGCCAUGAGCCGUUUCCUGAGGGAUCCUUUUGUUGCAGGUAGGACCUAUAUAAAGUGGAAGCACUGGUAUCUGCCCAAAGAGCCCUGUGGAAGGCAUCUCAAUAAACAGGACCUGUUCAGAUAAUCUGUCUGGUCUCACAUUUUCUAGAGUUUGGGAGCAUAUGGGAACAGGUAACAUCUGCUCUACUCCAGGGGCAUCCAGCCCUUAACACUCUUUGUCAGGUGCUGGUUGUGGUAGCCUUAGGGACUGUGAGUGAAGAUAUAUAAUAUCUAAUAUCGAUACAAAGUUGCAACGAGGCUUUUAGAUAUAUUGUAACAAUGUAAUUAAUUAACAACUUCAGUAGAGGAGAGAGCAGAUCUGUUGUAACAAUGCGCCUGCUGCCCUCCCUCGUAGUAGCAAAGCAUUCUCAUACCCUGUGUCCGCAACUGGGGGUCUGUUGCUGGCCAAUAAACAGUGUGUUCCUGUGUUUAUCCUGCUUUAGUGUUCUCUCGUCUCUUGAACAUUUAAAUGGUUUGCUCUUAGAGUUUUUUAUUUGCUUCCUUAAGUCAGGAUUUCCCUAUAUGGGACUGUGAUUAAGCCUUAUUUUGUUCAGGCCUGUAACCAUUUCAAGAUUUCUUUACACGUUUUGUUACUUGAACCUAUUUCUGCAAGUUGAUGAACAACCCGGAAGACAGUUUUUCUCUGGGCAUUUGGAAAAAUAUA